CGCCUUGAGUCUGUGUGUUACUGUAUCAAUGAGUUUGUGCCAAUAAACUGGUCUCAAAUAUAUCAUAUACUGUGUAGUAAGUGUACAACUUACGUGUAUAUAUAUAUAGUUUUAUAUUAAUAGAGCAAAGAUCAGCAAAAUACCAUACACACAGGAUGUUUAUCUAUCUAUUUAUUUCUAUAAUAUCUAUUAUAUUUAUUUAUCACAUAAAUUCAAACUAAACAGUAUUAACAAAUCAACGCGAGGGGGCGCCAUUAAGUGAUUAAGGAAGUUUAAUAAAAUAUUGAGUAAAUGAAUGAACAAUUAACAAAGAAAUACACAAACUAACAAAUAAAUAAGAUGUUUAGAAUACCGAAGUGCAUGAACUAUUGCAGUGCAUUGAAGUGUACUGAAUACUGAAGUGUAUGAAAUAGUGCUCUUUACUACUUUGCAUAAGUUUUGUCCUGUUCUUUGCCAGACAUUUUAAAAAUAUAUAUUAAAAACAUAUCAUAAGCUUUAUUCUGGUGCAAUAACCCUUAAAGGCCACUAGAUGAAGAAGUCAGAUCAGUAAUGCAGGAGCCUGUAGAUGACUGUCACUGUGUCAUGUUAAAUCUCAUGUGAGACACGAUAAGAUGCAUGUUUUUAAGCCAUGACAGUGAUUAUUUAUACAAUAGUUGAUUGUUUAUUGGCAUUAGAUCAUUUGAAAGGAUUUAGAACAUAGACUCAGUUCUGCUGUGCAACAGACAUGAGGAACUUCCUCUCAUCUAUAUGUUCAGUGUCAUACUGCUAUAUCAGCACUUCCUGUAGUAGCUGUGAGAGUGAGUGUCAUCUAUAGAGUGUGUUCAUUAUGAUCAGACUCGGUGCAGCAGUCAGUCAGUGUGUGUUUAGCUCCAAUUCUCUCUUUGGAUUAAUGUGUGUGUUUGGGUCCUCAGUCAGAAUGCAGGUGUGUUUUCUUCUCCUCCUUAUACAGCUUCAUGUCACUGAAGGUUGCACACUGAAUCGUCAGACAGUGACUGUGACUGGAUACGUGGGAGAGUCUGUCCUUCUGCCCUGCUCCUGCUCUGAACUACAAGCCAAACCACACACUUUCAGAUGGGUCUAUUUUAAAGGAUCUGAUCGCAAAGAAAUCUUCCCAAAGGACGAGACAAAUCGCUACACAGACAGAGUUCAGAUCUUUAAAGAUCAUCUUCCAGGAAAUCUCUCUCUACUCAUAACACACCUGACUGUAGAGGAUGGAGGAGUUUACAGGUGUAAGAUCAGCAACACUAGCGAUACAAACAUCAACCUCACAGUAAAAGUUCCUCACACCAUCAUCAUCAUCAUCAUCUGUACUGCUGUUGGGGUUCUGCUGCUGCUGCUGAUACUCGGAGGAGUCAUGUACUGGAAACACAGAGGACAGAGACGAGGACAGACCGAGACCGGUGAUGGACAAACAGGACAGAGGAUACAGCAGAAGAAGCAGAAUGAUUGUGAUGUUCUGUACACAGCUAUAAAUCCACAAACUAAACGCAACAAAGCAGAAGAAAAGGAUGAUGUGACGUACUCGACUGUAGUCCACAGUAACACUGUGAGAGCAGCACACACUCCAGUGGCAUCAGGAGAUACUGCAGUAUAUGCCAUCAUCAAAAUUAACUAACACACACGCGCACACGCACGCACGCACGCACACGCACGCACGCACGCACACACACACUCUGUUUAUACUAUAUUUGUGAGGUUUUCGCACUGCUUUAUUCCAAAGUGUCUACAACUCUUAUUAAUUUUUAAAAAUCUUUUAUAUCUACUGAUAGUUUUCUAUAUCUGAAGUAUAAUAAAGCUUUUUUUGCCUUUACAUAUUCAUCAUUUUUAUCUUCUGUAUUAUGGUUAGAUCUUUAAAGCAGCAGUUUGAUCCACAUCUCCAACUUCAAGCUCUCUGCUGAAACUGUGAGAGCAUCACGGGCGUCUUUCAGGAAAACAUUUCGAGCUGAAGGAACUCUGUCUCGGCUGCAGCUGAGGUGAUUCCUGGGCCGUAAAAAUAAAGAUCCUGUUUUUAUAAGAGAUAUUUGAAACGAUUCGAUUCUUUUAGGUCUAUACACACCUGUAAAAAUGACUAAAGCUCACGGCGUUGGAUUAAAUAGACUUCAUUGUUGUUUUUAGCUUCAACAGUUUUUGUGCAUGUUUAUUUCUAUUUCAUAAAUAAAUAAUAAAAUCUGAAAAGCUCACUGUG